GACCUUCCAGAGCUGCUAUAGAUCAGGUUUCCUCCUGCUCAGACGCCCCCCUUCCUCUGAUCCAGACUCAAACCCUAUUGCUGUGCAAUUAUGGAAGGAGGGACCUGCUGUUUUUUUCCUCUUUUUUUCUCUCCUUUGAAGGAGGUGUCUUUUCUUGUCUUCCCUAAACGUGAGCAGGAGCAGCGGGGUAAUGAGGGUGCGUCCCCUAAGCCAGUCCAGGCCCCAGUACCUCCCAGUUCUUCAGGCUCCCAUAUAAAAGCCCUGGUGGAAAAUGAGUGUAGGCAGUAGGGAGUUUUCUGCUGGGGUCAGGAGGACUUUGGACAAACGAACGGAUCCUGCCCCAAACACCCGUGUAUGAGUGGAGUGUAGCAGAAAGAAAAAACAUCCCCAGCUUUUUUUCCCUCUCUUGCCUCAAAGAGUCUACAUGUCUAGUGGCAUCUAGACAUGUUCAGCUUUGUGGAUUUGCGGCUGGCGCUGCUGCUCAGCGCAGCGGUGCUCCUGGUCAGAGCGCAGGGCGAGGACGACCGCACAGGUGAUAGUUGCACCCUGGACGGCCAGGUGUUUGCAGACAGGGACGUGUGGAAACCAGAGCCAUGUCAGAUCUGUGUGUGUGACAGCGGCACAGUGAUGUGCGAUGAGGUCAUCUGUGAGGAUACAACCGACUGCCCCAACCCCAUCAUCCCCCACGACGAGUGCUGCGCCAUCUGCCCUGACGACAGUUACCAGGCGCCUCAGGUCGAGGGACCCAAGGGAGAGCGUGGAGCCAAGGGAGAGAGGGUAGGUCUACCUGGUCCCCCUGGUAGAGAUGGUCUCCCAGGCCAGCCUGGACUGCGGCCUCCUGGCCCCCCUGGACCUCCCGGCCUUGGUGGAAACUUCUCCCCUCAAAUGUCUGGUGGCUAUGAUGAGAAAUCUCCUGCCAUGCCUGUGCCUGGACCUAUGGGCCCAAUGGGACCCCGUGGACCUACCGGACCCCCUGGUGCUAGCGGAUCUCAGGGAUUCAAUGGUCCCCCUGGUGAGCCAGGAGAGGCUGGUGCUCCAGGUCCCAUGGGGCCACGUGGAGCUGCUGGCCCUCCUGGAAAGAAUGGAGAAGAUGGUGAGUCUGGCAAACUGGUCGCACCCGGUGCGCGUGGACCUUCUGGCCCACAGGGAGCCCGUGGUUUCCCAGGAACCCCUGGACUGCCUGGCAUUAAGGGACACAGAGGAUUCAGUGGUCUGGAUGGUGCUAAGGGAGACUCUGGCCCUGCUGGACCCAAGUCAAGAUGGCUGGCUCUCAUUAUGACGUUAUGGAUGAAAAGUGGAGCUCCGGGCGAGAAUGGAACUCCUGGCGCUAUGGGACCCCGUGGUUUGCCUGGCGAGAGAGGCCGCACUGGUCCUUCUGGAUCUGCUGGAGCUCGUGGUAACGAUGGUGCUGCUGGUGCUGCUGGACCUCCUGGUCCCACUGGCCCUGCUGGACCUCCCGGAUUCCCAGGUGGCCCUGGAGCCAAGGGUGAAGUUGGAGCUCAGGGUGCUCGUGGACCUGAGGGCCCCGCUGGAGGCCGUGGAGAGCCUGGAAACCCUGGACCUGCCGGCGCAGCUGGUCCCUCCGUAAGUCCUGGAGCUGAUGGAGCCCCUGGAGCAAAGGGGAGCCCCUGGUGCUGGGUGGACUUGCUGGAAGCCCCUGGCUUCCCUGGACCACGUGGACCCCCAGGACCCCAGGGUGCUGGUGGUGGCCCUGGACCCAAGGGUAAUCAGGGUGAUGUUGGUGCUCCUGGAUCCAAGGGCGAGCACGGUGCCAAGGGAGAGGCUGGUGCCCCAGGUGUUCAGGGAGCCCCCGGACCUGCUGGUGAGGAAGGCAAGAGAGGAGCCAGAGGAGAGCCCGGUGCUGCAGGAGGCCGUGGAGCACCUGGAGAGCGUGGUUCUCCUGGUGGUCGUGGUUUCCCUGGUUCUGAUGGCCCUGCUGGACCCAAAGGUGCCACUGGUGAGCGUGGUGCCCCUGGACUUGUUGGACCUAAAGGUUCCACUGGUGAGCCUGGCCGUACUGGUGAGCCUGGUCUGCCCGGAGCUAAGGGUAUGACUGGCAGCCCUGGCAACCCUGGACCUGAUGGCAAGAUGGGAUCUGCUGGAGCCCCUGGACAAGAUGGUCGCCCUGGACCCCCUGGCCCUGUUGGAGCCAGAGGCCAGCCUGGAGUCAUGGGAUUCCCUGGACCCAAGGGAGCUGCUGGUGAGGCUGGAAAGCCUGGUGAAAGAGGAGUCAUGGGACCUAAUGGCAUUCCUGGUAUUGGGCUGGAAAGGACGGUGAAGUUUGGUGGCUCAGGGUCCUUCUGGACCAGCUGGUCCUGCUUGGUGAGAGAUGAGGAGAUGCAGAGGACCGUGCUGGAGGCCCUGGAUUCCAGGGACUUCCAGGACCACAGGGGGCUGUUGGUGAGACUGGCAAGCCUGGAGAGCAGGGUCUCUGCCCGUGAGGCUGGAGUCCCAGGACCUGCUGGAGCUAGAGGUGAGAGAGAUUCCCUGGUGAGCGUGGAGCUCCAGGCGCUCUUGGACCCGCUGGUGCCCGUGGAUCCCCCGGAGCUGCUGGAAACGAAGGGCGCUAAGGGAGAGCCAGGUGCUCCUGGUGCUCCUGGAAACCCAGGCCCUUCUGGACUGCAGGGAAUGCCUGGUGAGCGUGGUUCCGCUGGUCUUCCAGGACUGAGGGGUGACAGAGGAGACCAAGGAGCUAAAGGUGCUGAUGGAGCGCCUGGUAAGGAUGGUGCCCGUGGGUUGACCGGACCAAUUGGACUUCCAGGACCUGCUGGAGCACCCGGAGACAAGGGAGAGCUUGGUGCCGUUGGACCUGUUGGACCUGCUGGAGCUCGUGGAGCACCUGGUGAACGUGGAGAGGCUGGACCAGCUGGACCUGCUGGGUUUGCUGGACCUCCUGGUGCUGAUGGACAGCCUGGUGCUAAGGGAGAGGCUGGAGAUAAUGGUGCUAAAGGAGAUUCUGGUCCCCCAGGAGCUGCUGGACCAACUGGUGCUCCUGGCCCUCAGGGUCCCGUCGGAAACCUGGCGCUAAGGAGCCCGUGGACCCCGCUGGAAUCCUCCUGGUGCUACUGGUUUCCCUGGUGCUGUUGGCAGAGUAGGACCUCCCGCCCUGCUGGCAACUCUGGACCUCACGGACCUGCUGGACCAUCUGGCAAGGAAGGACCUAAAGGAAACCGUGGUGAAACCGGACCUGCUGGUCGCCCUGGUGAGAUUGGUGCUGCUGGACCUCCAGGACCUGCUGGAGAGAAGGGUAGCCCUGGUCCUGAUGGUGCUCCUGGAGCUUCUGGUCUGCCUGGACCACAGGGUAUUGCUGGACAGCGUGGUAUUGUUGGUCUGCCCGGACAGAGGGGAGAGAGAGGUUUCCCUGGCCUUCAGGGACUUUCUGGAGAGGCUGGAAAGCAGGGACCUUCUGGUCCCAGUGGUGAGCGUGGACCACCUGGACCCAUGGGACCCCCUGGACUGGCUGGAGCCCCUGGAGAGGCUGGACGUGAGGGAACUCCUGGUAACGAGGGAGCAGCUGGUCGUGAUGGAGCCACUGGACCCAAGGGUGACCGUGGAGAGGGUGGACCUGCAGGAGCCCCUGGUGCUCCUGGACCUCCUGGUGCCCCUGGACCCGUCGGACCCGCUGGAAAGUCUGGUGACCGUGGAGAGACUGGACCUGCUGGCCCAGCUGGUGCUGCUGGCCCUGCUGGACCUCGUGGCCCUGCUGGAGCUAAUGGUCUUCGUGGAGACAAGGGAGAGACCGGAGAGGCUGGAGAGAGAGGAAUGAAGGGGCACAGAGGAUUCACUGGCAUGCAGGGACCUCCUGGACCUUCUGGACCCUCUGGAGAGCAGGGACCUGCUGGUUCUGCUGGAGCCGCUGGACCUAGAGGCCCCUCUGGAUCUGCUGGUUCUCCUGGUAAAGAUGGUAUGACUGGCCUUCCUGGACCUACUGGACCUCCUGGACCACGUGGACGUAAUGGAGAGAUAGGACCUGCCGGUCCUCCUGGACCUCCUGGACCUCCUGGAGCACCUGGUGCCCCUGGUGGUGGAUUCGACCUUGGCUUCAUUUCCCAGCCCCAGGAGAAGGCCCCUGAUCCCUUCCGUAUGUUCCGUGCUGACGAUGCUAACGUUCUCCGCGACCGCGACCUGGAGGUAGACAGUACCCUGAAGAGUCUGAGCCAGCAGAUUGAGCAGAUCCGCAGCCCCGAUGGAACCAGAAAGAACCCCGCUAGAACCUGCAGGGACCUGAAGAUGUGCCACCCUGACUGGAAGAGCGGCGAGUACUGGAUCGACCCUGACCAGGGCUGCACUCAGGAUGCCAUCAAGGUCUACUGCAACAUGGAGACCGGAGAGACAUGCGUAUCACCAACUCAGCGUGAGGUUGCCAAGAAGAACUGGUACCUUAGCAAGAACAUCAAGGAGAAGAAGCACAUCUGGUUCGGAGAGGCUAUGAAUGAUGGCUUCCAGUUCGAGUACGGCAGCGAAGGCUCUCUGCCAGAGGAUGUCAACAUUCAGAUGACCUUCCUGCGCCUCAUGUCCACUGAGGCAUCCCAGAACGUCACCUACCACUGCAAGAACAGCAUCGCCUACAUGGAUGCUGCCGCCGGCAACCUCAAGAAGGCCCUCCUUCUCCAGGGCUCCAACGAGAUUGAGAUCAGAGCCGAGGGCAACAGCCGUUUCACCUACAGCGUCCUGGAAGAUGGAUGCACGUCACACACCGGUACAUGGGGCAAAACAGUCAUUGAUUACAAGACAUCGAAAACAUCUCGCCUCCCCAUCAUUGAUAUCGCUCCUAUGGAUGUUGGUGCUCCAGACCAAGAGUUUGGCCUUGAAGUUGGACCUGUCUGUUUCUUGUAAAAAGGGAAAUCUGGACUUGAAAUUGUUGUUGUGUGUGCGUGUGUGUGUGUGUUUUAUUUUUUUCUAGCAGUCAUCUCUCCCCAAAAAAGAAACCCUGCCAAAACAAUCUCCUAAUUUCAUUUUUUCCCAAAACAUCUGACCCGUCACUCCUGAUUCUACAAAGUUUCUGUUUGGCUGUUGUUCUGAUGGUCCGCUUUGCCUAAAAACCUGCACUUCAUCGAGAACAAGAUGGCGGCGUUGUGGAGAGUCAUCUGCAUCGUCGUGUUUGGGACCACUACUCUUUAUUUUUGACUCUUGGUUUGUUUUUUUUUUUUUUUUUUUUUGUCUGUUUAUUUUUUUUUUUUGCCAUCAACAACACCAAGGAUCCUGUAGAGAAGACAUUUUGUUUCCCUGGCAACAAGAAAAUAAUAUAUGCCUCUGUAAAGUGUGAAAAGAAAAAAAGACAAGCAAAAAAAAAAGAAAGAAACAAAACCACCCCUCUUCGGCCAGCCAAACCAGGCCUCUCUGGAGUUUACAGAAACACACAGGUGACUUUUGUAUUUUUAUACACCUUUGCGCUCUGAAGAAUGAAAGGACAGUCCCGACAGACAGAACCCAAUUGCUUUGUACCACGUUUCAGGUGUUGAUGAAUAAACGGUGAAACUGA